AUGACAGGAUCAUCAAAAAAUCAGGAUAAGCUCGAAGCAACUAUGAACCAGCUGUUGGCGAAUCAACGAAUCUUUCAGGAGGAAAUGACCAAUCGCAUGACUAAUCUCGAAGCACAGGUUCUCUCUCGUCACAACAACGGACCGGAAUCCUCUAACAACAGGAUUCUUCCAUUUUCCCGCACCACAGUAAAGCUAGACAUUCCGCGUUUUGAUGGAUCUAAUCCGUUGAGCUGGAUUUUUCAAAUUACACAAUAUUUUGACUUACACAACAUACCGGAAGAGCAACGACUUCAAAUAGCUUCAUUUUCCAUGGAAGGAGAGGCUCUCAAUUGGUUUCAAUGGAUGCAUGCUAAUAAUCAAUUGACCUCAUGGGCAACUUUCAUCCAUUGUCUAGAAAUCAGGUUUGUGCCGUCGCACUAUGAGGAUCCUAAAGGGGCCCUUUUCAAGCUAUGCCAAACGACCAACGUGAGAGAAUAUCAGGCUCAGUUUGAAUCCCUUGCCAAUAGAAUUGUGGGAUUACCUCCUCCAUUCUUUUUGAGUUGUUUUGUUUCGGGGUUAAAACCCGAGAUUAGAAGAGAGGUGCAGGCUUUCCAACCCAUUUCAUUGUCACAAGCUAUUAGCCUAGCCAAGUUGCAAGAGGACAAAUUUGCAGAUAUUGCAACCUCUAUUCGUUCCCAGCGUUUCACACCAAUAGCCCAAAGAUCAGUAGUAAACACUGAUUUUCCUUCAUCAAAACCAGUAUCCAUCCGAAACAGUUCCUUUCCUCCUCAAUCGAGCCCAAACACAAAUAAUCCUCCUAUAAAACGACUAUCGACCGCUGAACUACAAAAUAGAAGAGAGAAGGGUUUAUGUUACUAUUGUGAUGACAAGUACAAACCUGGACACAAAUGUAAGAAGCAAUUUAUGUUAUUGAUUGCUGAAUCGGAAGAUGCAGAGGGGGAUUUGACCCGUUUAUUGCAGGCUGAAACCCAAGAUCAAACCGACCCACCCAAUCCACUAGAUAAUGUUGCAGCCCAAAUUAGUUUCAAUGCCUUAUUGGGCCAUUCCAUUCCGCGGACACUGAGAGUUUUGGGCCACAUCCAGUCCUCAUCCAUUGCGAUUUUGGUGGACAGUGGCAGCACUCACAAUUUCAUACAAGAUCGAAAGGCUAAGUUCUUAGGUCUUCAAGCGGUUCCAGCGCAAGGGUUCCAUGUCCUUGUUGGCAACGGUGAAGAGCUUUCUUGUAAAUCUGUGUGCAAGCAAGUUCCCUUGCAUCUAGGGACACACAAAUUUCUAGUUGACCUAUUUGUUUUGCCAUUAAGUGGAGCAGAGCUGGUAUUGGGAGUUCAAUGGCUUACUACCUUGGGGCCGUUGGAAGGCCAAACUCGCGAAGUUCCGCAAGAGGCUUCCUCGCAUCAAUUGAGACGCUUGAUGGUCACUGAUGGAAUUGCGAAAAUGUUCCAAUUACAAUUGAUACCUUCUCCCAUGGAGCAACCUUGUCCUCAAGUCAUACCCGAUAUUUGCGAUCUACAUGGCAAAUACCCUCAAUUGUUUGCUGAACCACAUGGUCUUCCCCCUAUUCGUGAGACUGAUCAUCAUAUUCCACUCCUUGAAGGGUCCAAUCCAGUAAAUGUUAGACCGUAUCAGUACCCUUAUUUUCAGAAGCAUGAGAUAGAAAGACAAAUCAGAGAUAUGAUGAAUGAAGGCCUUAUUCAGAGAAGUACUAGCGCUUUCUCUUCUCCGGUAUUAUUAGUACGCAAAAAAGAUGGAACAUUGCGAUUUUGCGUUGAUUAUAGAGCCCUAAAUGCCAUCACGAUAAAAGAUCGUUUCCCAAUCCCUUCAAUAGAUGAGUUGAUUGACGAAUUACAUGGAACUCAAUGGUUUUCCAAGUUGGAUUUGAGAUUCGGUUACCACCAAAUCCGCAUGAGCCCAGUUGAUAUACCAAAAAUUGCUUUCUGA